AUGAGUAGUGAAGAAGAAAGGAACCGUCCUGGAAAUUCUAUGGCCGACUUGUCUAACUUGCAAAUGAGAGCUUUGGAUGAUUCUAUGACUAACUUGUUGAAUACAAGUUUGGAACAGAUCCAUCAGAGGCUUGAUGAUCUUCAAAUCAACCGGCCAACUCGAUCUCGAACCGGAGCCAGAGAGAUUGGCCAAGGAGACGCAGCCGAUCCGACCAUGAUAUCCAAGAGGAGGAGACCAAUGAUGAGGACGACCGAUCCAUCAACCGGCCUAGGGGAGGAUCUAGAAACCAAAAUCAAGGUGAUAAAGGUUAGGCUUGCGGUUUCUGAAUUCUCUGGCUAUGCUAUUAAUUGGUAUGAUCAAGUUGUGACUCACAGGAGGAGAGCAGUUGAGACGUUUACUACAAGGAACCAAGUCAGUAGAGGACUAUCACCAAGAGAUGGAGAUCCUCAUGAUCAAGGCAGAUGUGGACGAACCCCUAGAUGCCACCAUGGUAGAUUUCUCACCGGUCUCAACCGUGACAUCCAAGAUCGUAUGGAGUUUCAAGAGUAUGACAACAUGGAGCAGAUGUUACACAAGGCUAUUCUGAUCGAACAACAAGUCAAAAGAAAGGGCCUCUCUAAACCGUCCUUUGCCCCCAAACCCUCUUUUGCAUCCAAAACAAACUAUCAAGACAUAGGUAAGUCUUCGUCCACAACAAAUAGUACUUUUAAGACUAAUGUCCCUUCUCAUGUUGAUAGAGAAAAUAAAGAAGAAACUUCAAAACGGACCAGAGACAUUCAGUGCUUCAGAUGUCAUGGCCUUGGCCACUAUGCUAAUCGGUGUCCAAACCAAAAGGUGAUGGUUCUUUUGGAGAACGGAGAAGUAGAAUCCGAAGAUGAUAAGGAGGAUCUUGGACCAGUCUUUGAUGAUGAUGAGACACUUGAUUACCCAACUCAUGGCCCUCUCCUUGUUGCUAGAAAACCUUUGGACGAUGCCUAUGGCCCCAUUUUCGACAAGGAGGUCGAUGGCGUGAUUGACGAGUUCUGCUUGACCUUUGUAGAAGAUUCUGGUCCGAUCUUUGAUGAGGACAUCCUUGAAUAUCUGGCUCACGGUCCACUAUUGGUUACUAGACGAUCCUUGAGUGUGCAACCAAAGACCAACGACAAAGAACAAAGGGAGAAUCUUUUUCAUUCUAGAUGUCUUAUUUCAGAAAAAGUUUGUUCUUUGAUCAUAGAUGGAGGUAGUUGCACUAAUGUGGCUAGUGACAUCCUUGUAAAGAAACUUGGGCUUGUUACUCGGCCUCUUUCUCGUGCUUUCAGGUUGGAGUGGCUCAAUGAAUCUGGAGAACAGUACGUGAAGGAACAAGUGACCGUCCCCCUUACCGUUGGCCGAUAUGAGGACGAGGUCGUUUGCAACGUUCUGCCCAUGGACGCAUGCCACAUUCUUUUGGACCGGCCAUGGCAAUUUGAUAAGAAGGCCAUGCAUGAUGGCUUUACAAACCGACACUCUUUUGAUCACAAGGGAAAGAAAAUCACUUUGGUUCCCUUGACACCUUUGGAGGUUCAUCAAGAUCAAGUUCAACUUAAGAAUGGUCGAGACCAGGAGCCUAAGAAGGAUAAGCCUGAAACGUCUACCAGAAACUCUAACUUCUUUAUCAAAGAAGGUCAGGUUAGGAAGUCUUUUUACUCUCAAAAGCCAUUUCUUUUACUUGUGUAUAAAGAAUCUCUUAUGGCUUCUUCUUCCUCUGACUUUGCACCGGAGAUUCCGAGUGAACUCCUAGAUGUUUUGCAGGAGUUUUUUGAUGUUUUUCUAGAUGAUAAUCCUAAAGGAUUGCCACCAGUAAGAGGCAUUGAGCAUCAGAUCGACUUCGUCCCUGGCGCGUCUCUACCUAACCGACCAAUGUACCGCACCAAUCCGGUCGAGACCAAGGAGCUUCAGAAACAAAUUGAUGAACUACUUGAGAAAGGCUAUAUUAGAGAAAGCCUUAAACCUUGUGUCGUACAUGUCCUACUUGUACUAAAGAAAGACGGCUCAUGGAGGAUGUGUGUGGACUGUCUGGCCAUUAACAACAUCACGGUGCAGAUUGGCUUCGAGUGGACGAGGAGAAAAUCAAAGCCAUCCGAGACUAGCCGAGUCCAACAACCGUGGGCGAGUACCAUAGCAGCCCCACUCACUGAGGUGAUCAAGAAGAACGUUGGGUUCAAAUGGGAACAAGUCCAAGAAGAGGCAUUUCAGUUUCUAAAAGGGAAGUUAACUCAAGCUCCUUUACUUGUACUUCAUGAUUUUUCUAAAGCUUUUGAAAUCGAAUGUGAUGCCUCCGGGGUUGGUAUUGGUGCUGUUCUGAUGCAGGAUAGGAGACCCAUUGCCUAUUUCAGUGAAAAGCUUGGUGGAGCCCGCUCAACUACCCCACCUAUGACCAAGAGCUUUACGCAUUGGUAA